AUGGCAUUGGAGCAGAGAAGCGGCUGCUGCAUCACUCCACUUACCUACAGCUCUUACCAUGGUGGGCAAAAGGAACAAGCUGUUGAAUGGUAUAAGAAGGGAAUUGAAGAACUGGAGAAAGGAAUAGCUGUCUUGGUUAUUGGUCAAGGUGAUCAGUGUGAGCGAGCGCGACGUCUGCAGUCUAAAAUGAUGACGAACUUGGCUAUGGCAAAGGAUCGUUUGCAACUUCUAGAGAAGCUGCAGGCAGUUGUGCAAAUUCCCAAGCCGCAAACCGAAGUCUAUAAUGACAGUACUAACCUGGCAUGCCGCAAUGGACAUCUCCAGUCAGAAUAUGGAGCUGUUCCAAAAAAGAAGGAUCCAUUAGCGCACCCCAGUAACUCCCUUCCUCGUUCAAAGACUGUUGCAAAAACUGGAUCCACUGGCCUUUCUGGUCACCAUAGAACCCCUAGCUAUAGUGGGAUAUCAACUUUCUCUGUAACUAGACAGGGAGCAAAUCCUGCAACUUCGACAUACAAGGGUCCGUCAAAAAAUAGCAGAACUAACAAGCCUUCUACUCCUACAACUGCUGCUCGAAAAAAGAAAGACUCGAAGAUAUUUAGAAAUGUUGAUAGUAAUCUUGCCAAUCUAAUUCUAAAUGAAAUUGUUGACAAUGGGCCAGCUGUCAAAUUUGAUGAUAUCGCUGGGCAAGAGCUGGCUAAACAAGCACUGCAAGAAAUUGUUAUCCUUCCUUCCCUUAGACCUGAGUUAUUUACAGGACUUAGAGCUCCUCCACGUGGAUUAUUGCUGUUUGGCCCACCAGGAAAUGGGAAGACUAUGUUGGCCAAAGCAGUUGCUGCAGAAUCAAAUGCAACCUUUUUUAACAUAAGUGCUGCAAGCCUAACUUCAAAAUACGUAGGUGAAGGAGAGAAACUGGUGCGUGCACUUUUUGCAGUAGCCAGGGAACUUCAGCCAUCUAUAAUUUUUAUAGAUGAAGUUGAUAGCCUUUUAUGUGAACGAAGAGAAGGUGAACAUGAUGCUAGUAGGCGUCUAAAAACAGAAUUUUUAAUAGAAUUUGAUGGUGUACAGUCUUCUGGAGAGGACCGAAUACUUGUAAUGGGAGCAACUAACAGGCCACAGGAGUUGGAUGAUGCUGUUCUCAGACGAUUCACCAAACGGGUGUAUGUAUCAUUACCAAAUGAGGAGACAAGACUGAUUUUACUAAAAAAUCUUUUAAGCAAGCAAGGAAGUCCAUUGACCCAAAAAGAGCUGGCACAGCUAGCCAGAAUGACAGAUGGAUACUCAGGAAGUGACUUAACUGCAUUAGCAAAGGAUGCAGCACUGGGCCCUAUUCGAGAGCUAAAACCAGAACAGGUGAAGAAUAUGUCUGCCAGCGAGAUGAGGAAUAUCAGAUUGACAGAUUUCACAGAGUCUUUGAAGAAGAUAAAGCGCAGUUUGAGUCCUCAGACCCUGGAUGCAUAUAUUCGCUGGAACAAGGACUUUGGUGAUACCACAGUUUAAAGAACUGCUGUAUAAAAGUGAGGAGAAAGUAUUGCUCGCAAUGAGCAACUGGUACAGACUGCGGGAAUGCAGCCAGAGUUUACAAGACUUCUCAUACCUUUAAAUAUCUGCACUGGCAAUUUACAUUUGAAAGGAAAAUUAUACAAUGUGGAAAGUGUUGAUUAAGGCCUCCUUGCCUUUUUAGUCAAGAUUUACUCGCAGGCCAUGGAGGUUUAAAGCACAAUAAAACCUGGGGUAAAACUUCUAGCAAUCUAAUCAUGGUAUGAACAUUAAUUUGUGUAUUUUGCUGCCAAUAUAAGGUUCAGUUGUAUUGAUUGCUGAAAGAUUUAUACAUAUAGGGUCGUCCCAUCCCCCCCAUGACAUUUACUUUUCCUGCUCUCCUCCUGGUAAUUACUAACUUACAACUAGAACUCUGUACAUUUUUUUCAAUUUUUUAAUAUUUUAUUCAUACUGUGCCAAAUGAGCCAUUUCCCCCACAACAAGAACAGCAUUGGGAAUGAACAUAAUUUUUUUUAAGUAUCCAAAUAGUAACAGACCAGCUGCUUUCUAUCUUGUCCUUUGUCUGGUUAUAGUGUGGCUAUACAAUUCACAGAACAGGUUUUUUUAAAUACCUUUGGUAACAGAACAGCAAAAUCCCAUCAAACCAAUUGAAAUUAUUAAAAAUGUGUUAAAUUAGUUACAAAUUGCUACAUUAUGUUGUUUUUCCUCAGUGCUGUUUUUCUUUAAUCCCUUUGUAAAGCUUCCUCUGUGGAAUGCUAGCUUAUUCUUAAGGUAUGUUAACUCUUACUUGAAGCCCAACUGAUUUUGGAGAGAGUAAAUGAUGCUGUCCAACUGUAAAGUUUUAGAACUACUGUAGUAUUUCUACAAUGUAUUAGUUUGUUUACAGUAACUAAAAGUUUAGAUAAGUUUCCAUUCUCGUCCUUACUUUAAGCUACAGAGGAGAGCAUUAAAAUAAGUGGCUAGAUAUUUAAUACAUAGCACACAGUAAAUUUUUAUACCUUUCAUGUGCUUCGGUUUGUAUACUAAGAUCUGAAAUAAACUCAACUGAUCUGCUUUUUUUAAAAAGUAAAAUCACUACAUUCUUUGUGUGUGUAAAAACAAAACAACAAAAAAACACCAAAAGCUUUUUUAUAUUAAAUGACAUAAUGAAGAAAUUUAAACCAUGACCUUUAAAUACUGUAAUAAAAAGAAAUGAAUAUUUGGCCUAUGCUGCAUACAGUCAACAUUUUGUUUACAAAUUCUACUGUGGAGCUAAACUAGGAUUAAAACAUCCAUAAGAAAAUCUUUGUAGGAUGGCAUCAGAUGCCUUCUUCAAAAAAUCUACAGUAAUUACAAAAACGAACCUCCCCAACUUGUGAAGAUUUUGCUAUAAAAUAGUGCCUGGAUUUUUACCAUCAGUAAUUUAGAAAUCUGUUUAUAUAGCUUGUUUGUAGGUUUUCUUCUAAAAUUGGAAACUUGAGUGUUUUCUAUUCAGGUUGCCAUCAAAAUAUUAACUUUUCUUAUUGCUUCCAGAAUAGAGCAGUCAAAUCACUGAAGAGAGUUGAUCUUCUAGUUUAGCUAUAAAAAGAAUUAACUGAUGUAGGACUAGGAUGCUUAAAAUUCUAUGACAGAGCCCUCUUUUAUCCAUUGCACAAUAUCAAGAAGUAUAGAAUGGCGCAAGCUCUGUCUGCUGUUCAGAGACCUAAAUAUGAUUUUUCUGUUCAGGUCUGAAGAACUGUAGAGAUGGCUUAAUAUUACAAAAAGAAUUAAAGCAAUAGCAGGAGAUCAGAAAUAGAAGAGGCACUGUUACACUGAAAUGCCCUUUAAAGAGUAUAAUCUGUUUGAUUAAAAAACUGCAAGAGUGCAAAGGUGUGGGUGUUUUGUUUGUUUGUUCAAAUAUUAUACAUAAUGAAGGUAUGUGAGUUCUGUUCCUGGUCCAACUCUUGGGACAGCUUGGAAAGGUAGAAGUAGCACUAUAAUAUUUUGAUGCCUCAGUUUUCUAGAGAUUUAAAAUUCUGUUUUGUUUUGCCCUAAAAUUGUGAAGCUGGGCACUUCUGGGUAAUUCAUUCUACCUUUGUCAUAGAUUUCAUCGCUAAAGUUGGUUAGUACUUCUUGGUUUCCUAGUCAGACUUAAGACUCCUCAUUUCUCUUUCCAUGAAAUUGUGUAGGCUUGUCUUAAGUACCAUUUGGUGCAAUAAUUAUUUUAGGUAAAUAGUUUUAUUUUAAAUAUUUUAGUCUUUUUAAUUUUCUGAGCAAAAUUUUCCUUUUAGUCCAUUCCUUCAUGUUUCAUUAGUAGUGUCAGAUUUCAGAGUCACACAUGAAGUGUAAAAAUCAUUCCUCACCUGUUAAUGGAAAACACCACCUGCAUGAUGCAGCAUUAUUAGCUAGGGUCACAGAGAAACCAUAAAUGUUCAUAUGCAUCAGAGAGAGAGAGAAGAUUAUUUAAUCUCUGCUGUGUAGCCAGUACAGGUCUCUGAUCCCUCUUACAUCCUUUUUUUGAGCUAUUAGGCACUACGUUUUCUCAAAGCACAGAACUGGAAGAGGCCAGGCAGAAGUGCAGCUCAGCAUUAUAGCACAGUCUUGCAUACUUCUCUCACUAAAAGAGUGAUUUGUGAAUGCUGGGAAUAGGCCUGCCUUAUAUUCAAAUCAGCCAUUCCUUCUUGCUUGCACAUGGACUUCAUCCAGGUUCUGCAUUGAGAGUUUGUGUUUAAAAAAAACAAACAAACCUAGCUUCUGUUGCUCCUGGUCAAAAUCAUUCUGAUUAGCCAAAGUUAGCGCUGCACUACAGUAAGUGGCGUAAUAGCUAAACUCUGUCAGGCAUGGAAUUCAAUGUAGAAAAUCACAUGGGUGGGAGUAGGAGAAUCAAUUGUACGUUUUUUUUUUUUUAAAUGAGGAAUGGGCUCCAAUCCUCCUCUGAGGAUAUUAAUAAGAAAUUAAGUGUGAUUAAAGCACACUAUGUAGUUUGACGGAGGAAUGAAGGACUGAUGUAAUCUUCUCCACGGAAUAGAAAUAAUACAUUUUGUCCAGUAUACAGGAACAACUAUAACAUCUGUUGACUCGGUUGCCAGAUCCAUCCUGAAGAAUACAAGCUUAAUUAUCAAGCAUUUCAAGCUGGGAUAUAAUGCAGGCCAUCAAAUUAUUUUGUAACCUGUGUCAGUUGAAAUUGACAUUUGAGCAACUGCUAUGGACUUCCUUAUCCAAGUGUGAAGCAAACCUGUGUAUCUAUUUUGUAUUCACCCACAUGUCAAGGAUAUUUCAUAAUUACUCUAGCCCUAUCGAUGCUACAGUGCCUCAGCCGACAUCUCCUUCAUGUCAAUGCAGUGUACGCGGGGUUCUUGGUUGUUUUCUGCUGGUCUCCCUAAAUGUCAUUAGCUAUGUUCAAGAAAGCAGUCUUCCAUUUCUCAUAGUUGCACCUACCUUGAGGGUUUUACUAGCAUAACUAUUUUAUUGAGGGUUUGAGACUUUCCACACUCCUAAUAAAUACAGCUAUGCUGACAAAACUUGGUAGCAUGGAUCAUGUCUCCAACUAAAUGUUAUGUAUUUAGUUACUCCACAAUGCUUCACUUUGACACUUUGCAGAUCUCUUGUGUUUCUCAGCUACGGGAAUGGAAAGAAUUGUCGUCUUAGUUAGGCUCCUUCCUUGUUCCCGUUGUCCAAAUGCCUUUGGCAUUAAUGGGUGUUGGUGACCUUUGCCAAAUUAUAUAUGGGGAGAAUGAAAUAAAAAGGAGUGAGUAGGUAGUGGUAUAACCUGUUAUUGAGGUCACUGUGUCAUACCCCAAUGACCCUGACGCCUCAGGCAGAUUGGUAACAAUCUGUCACAAUUGUGCCAUGGUUCUGAUGCUGCUUUGUUUCAAGGCAGUUGUUGGUUUCACUAUAAGCUAGGUUCUCUUGAGCUGUUGAGUAUUGAAUGAUGCUUCUUCACUUGCUUUGGUGAAUUUCCAUGUUUUUAUUGUUUAGAGGUCUUAGGAAAGGGUAUGAGCUUUUGACAGUUUUAUAUAGAUACAAGUCAAUAAUGACAAGCCAACUUUUUAUUGUCCCUAGCUUCCUGGCAAAGAGAGAGGAUCAGCUUUUAUAGUUUUCAGGUGAUGUGUGCUAGGGUCUUCCUACUUCUGGAAUAUCCUUUGUCUGGUGUACACUGACAACUUACAUUGGUAUAGCUACAUUUCUCAGGGUUGCAAAAGAUUAAUACUCCUGACCAAAUGUAGAUCGUACUAGGUCAAUAGAAGAAUCCUCUGUUAACCAAAGUAUCACCUCUCAGGACAGUGGAUUACCUAUUUCAAUGGCAGAACCCCUCUUAUCAACAUAGACACUACACUUCAGUGUAGACUUUACUUAUUGUAGUACAGCUGCAGCGCAGCAGCUGUAGACAUUCUCUUAGAAUGGAAACUCACUUUACUUUGGCAAUAACUAUUUCCUGAGCCCAGCAGUAAUUGGCAAAGUAGAAACUUUAAUGGCCAAAAAUCCAUUGGAUAGAUUAUAUCACUGAAUUUGUUUUCAGGCAUGACCUUUUGAUCUCCAGAUUCUGAGACCUAGGAGAUAACAUUUUUAUUUUUGCAGUAAUUCUCUAAAGUGUUUCUUUAGAAGACUUUUAUAAUCCUGUUCUUAGAGAAGUGACUCUGAAGGAGAGGGGGAAUAUUUCUACCAGUAGAUUGUUAUAUAUAGCAUUUAUCUGUUCUCCAACACUGUGGUUGUGAUGCUUCCCUUCAAUUCUACGCUGCUUCUGCCUUUGUGGGAAGAAGGUAGUGGGGAGGAAUCCUUUUUUAAUGUAGUCUCUCACCUAAUUGAAGAUGUGAGAUACAGGGGGGAGUUUUGGAAUUUGGUCCCUCACAAGUACAAAGUUGAACCAUGUCAAGAGGCCACUUUUCAUAACCCAAAAUUCCAAAAAGCAAAGGUGCAGACAGACCAAUAUCAUAGUUUGCAGCAAAUUUACCAGAUGAUUCAAACUGGAGUGAGGUUAGUUGUAUUUUUGCUCUGAGAGACUCAUACACAAGUGUGUCCUUUCGUGAAUGUUUUGCUUUUGAAAUGUUAUAAACAUUGCUACGGAGUAUUAAGCUAUGUCCUCCUGUUGGUAAAAGAAAAAUGUAUGUAAAAAAGCAUGAUGAGCAUUCACAUAGCUUUAGUUUCAGUGUUGAUUGCCCCACAAUAAAAUGUUGCUAUUUGUCUUGUU